CGCUCUAUCCGGGCCUUUGGCGCUUCCCUUCCUUUCGCGCCGGCGGCCGCUGCGAGGCGGCGGGUCCAUGUGCGCACGGCGCGGCGCGGCCCCGGCCCCUGUCCCCCGCCUCCUGCCGCCGCCGGCAUGGACCCCAACACCAUCAUUGAGGCCCUGCGGGGCACCAUGGACCCGGCGCUGCGGGAAGCCGCCGAGCGGCAGCUUAACGAGGCUCAUAAGUCAGUGAACUUCGUUUCAACUUUGCUUCAGAUCACUAUGUCCGAGCAACUGGAUUUACCAGUGAGACAGGCAGGGGUUAUCUACUUGAAAAAUAUGAUAACCCAGUAUUGGCCGGACCGGGAAACUGCACCUGGAGAGAUUCCACCUUACUCCAUCCCAGAAGAAGAUAGACACUGCAUUCGUGAAAAUAUUGUAGAAGCCAUUAUUCACUCUCCUGAGCUGAUCAGAGUACAACUUACUACUUGCAUUCAUCAUAUUAUCAAGCAUGAUUAUCCUAGUCGUUGGACUGCCGUUGUGGAGAAAAUUGGGUUUUACCUUCAGUCUGACAACAGUGCUUGUUGGCUUGGGAUUCUUCUAUGUCUUUAUCAACUUGUGAAAAACUACGAGUAUAAGAAACCAGAGGAGCGUAGUCCUUUGAUAGCUGCAAUGCAACAUUUUCUACCAGUUUUGAAGGAUAGUUUCAUUCAGCUGUUGAGUGAUCCAUCUGAUCAGUCUGUCCUCAUCCAGAAGCAAAUCUUCAAAAUAUUUUAUGCCCUCGUCCAGUACACGCUACCUUUGGAGUUGAUAAAUCAGCAAAACUUGACUGAAUGGAUAGAAAUCCUGAAGACUGUUGUUGAUAGAGACGUACCAGCUGAAACUCUUCAAGUUGAUGAAGAUGAUAGACCUGAGUUGCCUUGGUGGAAGUGCAAGAAGUGGGCUUUGCAUAUCUUAGCUAGACUUUUUGAGAGGUAUGGGAGCCCUGGCAAUGUUUCCAAGGAAUACAAUGAGUUUGCUGAAGUGUUCCUGAAGGCGUUUGCUGUUGGUGUUCAGCAAGUGUUGCUGAAGGUGUUGUAUCAAUACAAGGAGAAGCAGUACAUGGCUCCUAGAGUUCUGCAGCAAACGCUGAACUACAUUAAUCAAGGAGUGUCACAUGCAGUCACCUGGAAGAAUUUGAAACCUCAUAUUCAAGGGAUUAUCCAAGAUGUGAUUUUCCCAUUGAUGUGCUAUACAGAUGCUGAUGAGGAGCUUUGGCAAGAAGAUCCAUAUGAAUAUAUUCGCAUGAAAUUUGAUGUAUUUGAAGACUUCAUUUCACCAACAACUGCUGCUCAGACAUUAUUGUUUACAUCAUGUAGUAAAAGGAAAGAGGUCUUGCAGAAGACAAUGGGCUUUUGCUAUCAGAUUCUUACGGAGCCAAAUGCUGACCCUCGUAAGAAAGAUGGUGCUUUACAUAUGAUUGGUUCCUUAGCUGAAAUUCUUCUAAAAAAAAAAAUAUAUAAAGAUCAAAUGGAAUAUAUGCUGCAGAAUCAUGUGUUCCCUCUCUUCAGCAGUGAGCUGGGUUACAUGAGAGCACGGGCUUGUUGGGUUCUUCAUUAUUUUUGUGAAGUCAAAUUUAAGAGUGACCAGAAUCUCCAAACAGCUUUAGAACUCACAAGACGGUGUCUGAUAGAUGAUAGGGAAAUGCCUGUGAAAGUGGAAGCUGCAAUAGCACUACAAGUUCUGAUCAGUAAUCAAGAGAAAGCUAAAGAAUAUAUCACCCCUUUCAUUAGGCCUGUAAUGCAAGCUUUACUUCAUAUUAUAAGAGAGACUGAAAAUGAUGAUCUUACUAAUGUGAUUCAGAAGAUGAUCUGUGAAUAUAGUGAAGAAGUUACCCCAAUUGCAGUAGAAAUGACACAGCACCUGGCGAUGACGUUUAACCAGGUGAUCCAGACUGGACCUGAUGAGGAAGGCAGUGAUGACAAAGCAGUGACAGCAAUGGGAAUCUUGAAUACUAUUGAUACACUUCUCAGUGUAGUUGAAGAUCACAAGGAAAUUACUCAGCAGCUGGAAGGGAUCUGCUUGCAAGUGAUUGGAACAGUUUUGCAGCAGCAUGUAUUAGAAUUCUAUGAGGAGAUAUUUUCCUUGGCUCAUAGUUUGACCUGUCAGCAAGUUUCUGCACAAAUGUGGCAGCUUCUUCCUCUUGUUUUUGAAGUCUUUCAGCAGGAUGGCUUUGAUUAUUUUACUGAUAUGAUGCCUCUCUUGCAUAAUUACGUUACUGUUGAUACGGAUACACUUCUGUCAGACACGAAAUACCUUGAAAUGAUCUACAGUAUGUGCAAGAAGGUCCUGACAGGAGUUGCUGGAGAAGAUGCAGAAUGUCAUGCAGCAAAACUAUUAGAAGUAAUUAUUCUUCAAUGUAAAGGGCGUGGAAUUGAUCAGUGCAUACCCUUAUUUGUGGAAGCUGCUUUAGAGAGAUUGACCAGAGAAGUGAAAACAAGUGAACUACGAACAAUGUGCCUCCAGGUUGCCAUAGCUGCUUUGUAUUACAAUCCUCAUCUAUUAUUAAAUACAUUGGAAAAUCUUCGUUUUCCCAAUAAUGUGGAGCCUGUCACUAAUCACUUCAUAACACAGUGGCUUAAUGAUGUGGACUGCUUCUUGGGACUUCACGACAGAAAAAUGUGUGUGCUUGGCUUGUGUGCUCUCAUUGAUCUGGAGCAAAUACCACAGGUUUUAAAUCAAGUUGCUGGCCAGAUCCUGCCAGCUUUUAUCCUUUUAUUUAAUGGAUUAAAAAGAGCUUAUGCCUGUCAUGCGGAGCAUGAAAAUGACAGUGAUGAUGAUGAUGAAGCUGAAGAAGAUGAGGAAACAGAGGAAUUGGGGAGUGAUGAAGAUGACAUUGAUGAGGAUGGCCAAGAAUAUCUAGAAAUUCUAGCGAAGCAGGCAGGUGAAGAUGGAGAUGAUGAAGACUGGGAAGAAGAUGAUGCUGAAGAAACUGCUUUGGAAGGCUAUUCCACAAUUAUUGAUGAUGAAGACAACCCUGUUGAUGAAUAUCAGAUAUUUAAAACAAUUUUUCAGACAAUUCAGAAUCGUAACCCUGUGUGGUACCAAACUUUGACACAGGGCCUUAAUGAAGAACAGAGGAAACAAUUGCAGGACAUAGCAACUCUGGCAGAUCAGAGGCGGGCAGCACAUGAAUCCAAAAUGAUUGAAAAGCACGGAGGAUACAAAUUCAAUGCUCCAGUCGUGCCAACUUCGUUUAAUUUUGGAGGCCCUGCCCCAGGAAUGAAUUGAAUUAUCACUUUUCCUGCUACUGUGUGAUUGUAGUGAAGAGCUUGUGUUCCUCCCAAUAGUGGUUCCAGAAUUGGUUCAUGUUAUCUACAGCUCACUCUAAACUAAUUGAUAAAUAGAUUGGACAAAAGCCCCAAUUGUGGGACCUGAUCAUGCAGUCUAAUACUGGAAAGCAAACUAGAGGGUUUUUUUUUUUUGAAGAUAGGAAGAAUCUGAAUAUAAAGCUUCAAAUGACACACUUUGGAAAUCGGAAAUCAAGAGGGAUGUCAUGAAGGCAGCUUUUCUUUUUCUGAGGAAAAAAAAUAGGCAUGGGCUGCAGGACUAUUUAAAAUCUCAUUUACAGUACAAGUUAGGAGGCAGACUUAAUUUUUACACCUGUGGCGGUAUGAGUAUUUGCCCAACUUCCCUUUUCUCCCUUCCUUAUUUGGGUGUCUAUUCUUUCAGUGUAAAUAAGGUAAUCAAAUAGCCUUACUUAAUCUUCAUCGUUUCCAUUUAUCAAGAUUGUUCAUAUGUAGAAUAUUGGACACUUAAUGUAGCACUACAUAACUGAUAAAUCUGUAAAUGAAUUAGCACUUUCAUAUUGAAACAAGCCUGCUAGCCUAUGUACAAAAAUAGCAAAAUGUUUGCUGUUUAUAAAAAAAUAAAAAUAAAAAAUAAGGGAUGUAUUGGGGAAAAUAAUUUCAAGUUAUUAAUUUAAAAUGAAACUAGCAGUUUUGUACCUGGUGACUUUGUGGUGCAGUCACCUCUGGCUGUGACUUGAAUUCGGUUCUGUAAAAAAGGGGUUAGUGAUAUUUCAUUGCUGCUAAAAAAGAAAAAAAUAGCAACACCCUCUGUGUCCUUUGUUUUUCUUAAAGAUCUCACUGUACGAGUUACAAUUUGGAUACAAAUGUUCGUUGUAAGCACUGAGAAAGUGAUCUUUUCUGAAGCAUGUAAAUUAGAUGUGAAGUUCUGCUCUUAAAUGAGUUGAUUGAAGUGUGCGGAUGAAACAUCUAUAUAUGCAAUCUAUUAAAAAAAAUAAGAAUUUGGCUAACCUGGGCUUUGAUCUAUGAAUGCAGUUUUUCCCAUAAUUCUGCAAAACCUUUUUUUCCCCUCAUCGAGGCAGUGCGAGUGCACUCCAGUGUUAAUGUACCAUCGUCUGCCUGAUCCAGACAGUGUAUUUGAAGUUUUGCCAAUCUUCCAUUUUUGAAGCCACAAUUUUCUUCUUUCAAAGUUGCUAUAGUAACUAGUAUUUUAGCUAGAGAGGCGAAAUACAGUUCCCUCUGGGACCACUAUGAAAACCACUGUAUGAAGAAGCCAGCAGGGAGAUGCUGUGAAUGGGUUGGCUCACGUGCCCCCUCUUUCUUUUCUUAAAGCAUAAAUCCAUAGGUUUUUGAUCUUGCCUUGAGAUCAUUGGUGUCAGGUCUUUUAAAUCAAAUGUUUUUUUUUUUUCUUUUAGCUGUUUUUAUAUUAAAAUGUCACCUGCUGUUACAAUUGAUAUUAAAUGAGCUACCUUAAUUUAAUGUAAGCCUCCAAAAUUUAAAUACAGGUUAAAAAUAAACUGAGUUUAUAUCUGUAAAAAUGAAAUGCACAUAUAUAUAUUAUGAUACUCAAAAUGCAGUCUUCAGAAAAUUG